CGUUCCCAGAGGGCUCUUCUCUUCGACCGGCAGGGAUGUGAAACGCCGCGAACUUCAGGUCUAAGGAUCAUCUUUCAAACCCUUCAAAUGUCGCAGGAAUCAAAGCGUUAGAACGCGCUGUUUGUGAGGAUUUUCUCCAUUCAGGUCACGGGUGCAUUUUACAGUGAAAUGGCAGAAGCUAGUAUUUUGUGUACUGAAGAUCAGUUUAGAUGUCCAGUGUGUCUGGAUCUGCUGAAGGAUCCAGUGACGAUUCCCUGCGGACACACUUACUGCAUGAGAUGCAUCUCAAGCUGCUGGGACCAGGAGGAUUGGAAAGGACUCUACAGCUGUCCUCAAUGCAGAAAAGCCUUCAUGCUAAGACCAGUUUUAUAUAAGAAUGUGGUGUUUGCUGAAAUGGUGGAGAAACUGAAGAUGACGAGGCUUCAAACUGCUUUUCCUGCAGUUCAUCAAACAGGAUCUGGAGAUGUUCAUUGCAACUACUGCACUGAAAUUAAACAGAAAGCUGUGAAAUCCUGUCUGGAGUGUCGAAUCUCUUACUGUCAAAGUCAUCUUGAAUGCCAUGAGAAUCUCUUCAGUGGUCAAAAACACAAUCUGAUGGAUGCCACUGCACGACUGUGGGAGAUCAUCUGCCCUCAACAUAAUAAACUGCUGGAGAUCUACUGCCGUACCGAUGAGCGUUGCAUCUGUAUGCAGUGUUUGGUGGAUGAACACAAAAAUCAUGACACCGUAUCAACUGCUGCAGUGAGGACAGAGAAACAGAGAUUUUUUGAGGAAACACUGAUCGAAAUACAGACGGUAAUCCAGCAGAGGCAGCUAAAGCUGAGAAAGGCUGUGGCAUCUCAUAAGUGCUUUGCGCAGACAGCGGUGGAGGACAGCGAGAGGAUCUUCACCGAACUCAUCCGCUCCAUUGAGAAACGUCGCUCUGAGGCGACGCAGCUGAUCAGAGAUCAGGAAAGAGCUGUAAUGAAUCGAGCUGAAAGACGACUUAAACAACUGGAGCUGGAGCUGGAUGAAGUCAGGUGGAGAGGUGCUGAGAUAAAGCAGCUCACAGAAACACAGGAUCAUGUUCGUUUUCUUCAGAGUUUGUCGUCUGUCUCUCUCCCUGGAUCUACAGAUGACUUCGCUGUCAGUUCUGAUCUCUCUUUGGAUGCUGUAGUAAACACUGCGUCUCAGCUCAGAGAUGUGCUGCAGCAGCUCUCCAGAGAGACUAUAGAAAACAUAUCUGCAAGAGUGAAGACCGUUCGGGUCAUUGGCACUCCUGAAUAUCAGACCAGAAAGGAGUUUCUACAAUAUUCCUGUCAGCUGACUUUGGAUCCGAACUCAGUGAAUUAUUUCCUCCGUCUGUCUGAGGGAAACCGAGUAAUUACGGUCUCCGACACCAAACAACAUUAUCCUGACCAUCCAGACAGAUUUGAUCACUGGUGGCAAGCAUUGUGUCGAGAGAGUAUGACUGGAUGCUGUUAUUGGGAAGUGGAGUGGAGCAGCAAAGAGCCAUCGGGAGUGGAUAUAGGAGUAACAUACGAGAGCAUCAGCAGGAAGGGGAACAUCCCUGAGAGUGUAGCUGGGUGUAAUGAUCAGUCCUGGAGAUUGUACUGCACUCCUUUCUGUUGCUCGUUCUGGCACAAGAACACAGAAUACGUUCUUCCAGUACUCAAUAUCUCCAGUAGAGUAGGAGUGUAUGUGGAUCACAGCGCAGGGACUCUGUCCUUCUACAGCGUCUCAGACACAAUGAGUCUCAUCCACAGAGUCCAGACCAUAUUCACUCAGCCGCUGUAUGCUGUGUUUGGACUAGAUAGCAACUCAAGGGUGAAACUGUGUUAUCUGUAGGGGUGGGAGAAAAACGUAAUGAAUCUUCUUUUUUAAUUUUUCCUAAGAGGUGGUGGAGAAAAGCUUUUUAAUUCCCAUCAGAGGGCUAAAUGUAUAGAUGCCGCACUGAAAGCGAAAAUCACGAGGGAGGCAGUGGAUCAAACCUCUUCCUGAAAUCUUCUGCGCAUUUUUGAUUUUACACACUACCAGGAAAACUUAACUAAACACGACAAGCCUUGUGUGUGUUUGUGUGAUGUUUGUAUGUUCCUCAGAGAUGUUCAUUCUCCUGCCGGGCUGUUAUUGCAAAUAAGAAAUUGUUCUAAAUAGGUACACAUAGUAACAUAACACUUUCAUUUUACUCGAGAAUGUAUUUUUCUACUCUAUGUUUUUUUUUAAUCAGGGUUGUGGUACUUGAAAGUUUCGUGGUUCAAGGUACUUUAAACACACGCUGUGUAUGUGUAUGCUCCUAAAAUAUAUGUUUAGUAAGAUAAGAA